ACUUCAUUAAAUCAUCAGGUUUCUGUCGUAAGGAGCUCUGUUUUGGAGUCCAUGCUCUUCUUCAUAAGUGCACUGCCUGUAUAGUACAAGGCACCGAGUCGGACCCAGUUCUAGACAGUGAAGGAACUCUGCAGCUACAAUGAAGCUCCUGCAGUGCGUGUUUACUGGACUUCUGUUUGCAGCCUCAGUGGAGGGGAGAAUAGCUAAGUCUGACACAUCCAGUGGAACAUGUGAGGCGAUUACUGUCCCUUUAUGCAACAACCUGCCUUACAACCAAACGGUCAUGCCAAACAUUUUGGGCCACAGGACCCAAGAGGAGGCUGGUUUGGAGGUGCACCAGUUCUACCCGCUAGUGAAGGUCCAGUGCUCUCCGGCCUUGAAGCCUUUCCUCUGCUCAGUGUACGCCCCGGAGUGCGAUGCUGGAAAAGCCCGAGCACCGUGCAAGACGAGAUGUGAAGAGGCGAGAGGAGGCUGCGAGACACUGAUGAAUAAGUUUGGCUUUACCUGGCCUGAGUCCCUGAAUUGUGACAAAUUCAGUCUACAGGCCUGUGAUGACGACGACGACUUUCAAUAUAUAUGUAUAAAGUAG